AUGCAGGCUCCGGUGGUGGUUAUGAACACCAACAGUGGUGAGAGGCAGACUGGCCGGAAAGCCCAGCUGUCCAAUAUUGCUGCUGCCAAAACUGUUGCCGACAUCAUUCGAUCAUGCCUCGGCCCCAAGGCCAUGCUAAAGAUGCUGCUCGACCCCAUGGGCGGUAUCGUUCUCACAAAUGACGGACAUGCUAUCCUCCGAGAAAUUGAGGUCUCCCACCCUGCCGCGAAGAGCAUGAUUGAGCUCAGCCGGACACAAGAUGAGGAAGUUGGAGAUGGAACCACAACCGUCAUUAUUCUGGCCGGUGAGAUUCUUGCCCAGGCUCUUCCCCAGCUCGACCGUAACAUCCACCCUGUCGUCAUCAUUUCCGCCUUCAAGCGAGCCCUCAAAGAUGCCCUUGAGAUCAUCGAAGAGAUCUCUCUGCCGAUCGAUGUCAACGAUGACAAGGCCAUGUACCAGCUCAUCUCUUCUUCAAUUGGCACCAAGUUCGUUUCUCGAUGGAUGGAUCAGAUGUGCGACCUCGCCCUCAAGGCUGUCCGCACUGUGACAUGGGAGGCUGGUAACGGCAAGACUGAAGUCGACAUCAAGCGAUAUGCCAGAGUGGAAAAGGUACCUGGCGGUGAGAUCGAGGACAGCAGAGUUCUUGACGGUCUUAUGCUCAACAAGGAUAUCACACAUCCCAAGAUGCGCCGGCGCAUUGAGAACCCCCGAAUCGUUCUCCUCGACUGCCCCCUUGAGUACAAGAAGGGCGAGUCUCAAACCAACAUCGAGAUUACCAAGGAGGAUGACUGGAACCGAAUUCUGCAGAUUGAGGAGGAGCAGGUCAAGGCUUUGUGCGAGGCUAUUGUCGCUGUCAAGCCUGAUCUUGUCAUUACGGAGAAGGGAGUGUCUGAUCUUGCCCAGCACUACUUCAUGAAGGCCAAUAUCACAGCUCUUCGCCGAGUUCGAAAGACCGAUAACAACAGAAUAGCCCGCGCUACCGGUGCCACCAUCGUCAACAGAGUAGAGGAUCUCCAGGACUCCGAUGUCGGUACCAGAUGUGGCUUGUUCGAGAUUGAGAAGAUCGGAGACGAGUACUUCACAUUCCUUACCAAGUGCCAGGACCCUAAGGCCUGCACAGUCCUUCUCCGAGGUCCCUCCAAGGAUGUCCUCAACGAGAUCGAGCGAAACCUCCAGGAUGCCAUGGGUGUCGCACGAAAUGUUAUGUUCUCUCCUCGGUUAUCGCCUGGAGGUGGUGCUACGGAGAUGGCCGUAUCCGUGAGAUUGGGGCAACUCGCCAAGAGCAUUGAGGGUGUCCAGCAGUGGCCCUACAAGGCUGUAGCAGAUGCUCUUGAGGUUAUUCCUCGUACUCUCGUUCAGAAUGCUGGUAAGAGCCCUGUCCGUGUGUUGACAGAUCUCCGAGCCAAGCAGGCCGAGGGUAAGAGCACCUGGGGUGUCAAUGGUGAUACAGGUGCCAUUGCAGAUAUGAAAGAGUACGGAGUGUGGGAGCCUCAGGCUAUUAAGCUCCAGAGUAUCAAGACCGCCAUUGAGGCUGCUUGCCUUUUGCUCCGAGUUGAUGACAUUUGCAGUGCCAAGAAGGCUGCGCAGAUUGGUGGCGGCGGGGGUGGUGAAGAAUAA